CUGGGGGGGGGGUGGAAUAUGUAUGUAUUUGUUGAAUAAAAGAGCAGUAAAGGUUUCUACAAAAAGGAAAAUUAAGAUUGAUUCUUUUCUGAAGCUAAAAUGGUAUCUUUUGCUGCCUUUCUCAGAGUGGUCAGUGAACCUUUUGGAAGAGACUUUUGGGAAAUGAAACUUGGGUAGAAAUAUGAAGGAAACUCCUGUGAGUAUGAAGGGGGGGUCGUCAAAGUAUGAAAUCUGAAGAUUGCUUGAGCUUUUUCAGUGGCCUGACCAAGAGGUACAGCCCAACUUCCAAUAUCACCACUGUCAAACACAAAUGUUAAAUGGCUUUAGGUCUCUGACCUGGUUCUGAGGAAAGGGGAGGCUUUGUCCUACACUGUCCUAUGUGUGUUCAUUUUCCCUUAAUGCAAGUUGUUCCUUCUGCAUUGGGAGCCUCUGUAGCAUAAGGUUUUCCUACCUGUUAUUAGUGCAUUACGUUUGCUUUAGCAGCUAAGCCAGUUCUGCUGGCUUGGAAAGCUCUGAUCUUUUGUCGAUGAAGGACAAGGGCUCUAUUAAAACCAGGAGCAUCUCUCUCAAGCUUUUAAUGUUGGAACUCUUGGGUAUGUGGCAGCACAUGGUCUGAAUGUGCCUAGGGUGGAGGGUAAAAGAAAAUUGAUUAGUUUCUCCCCUAGAGUAAGGGUCCUGGAUGUGGACCAGUAACGACAAUAGGCUAAGAGGGAUAAUGGGGAAAUAACCUGUAAAAAUGACAUGAUGGAAGCACUUAGAUCACAAGGGGGAGGAGAAUCACCAUCAACAUCAGCCCAAGGCUGAUCCCUGUGAGGUGGAGGUCAAACAUACCUCCAUCCUCUAGUCUUUUUUACCAAUUUGACACCAGCUGCCCCUCCCAUAGCACUCUCUGCUUCUCUGAUUGGUUUGAUAAUUCAUUGCAAUGGCCACACAGAACUCACAGAUAAUACUCAGCGAUUAUGGAGUUUAUUACUAGGGAUAUAACAGGUUACCUACGAUUCAGGAUCAGGAAUGACUCAGGAUAUAGUUCUUCUAACAGGACAGCUUUUCAGGCGUGCCCGCAGGCAGGCCUUUCUCUGGCCCUUGAUCUCACCUCUGCCUUGCUGGGACAGUAAGCCUCCUGCCUUAAGGCACCCGGCCCUCUUGCGCUGUGGGUUGGCCCACCCACUGUAUCCUUGAUCCAUGGGUCUGGAAGCCCACCAUGCUGGUCUCCUGAUUCUUACCAUCUCAUGUUACAGCUGUCUCCUGGGUCUAGGAGGUUCUCAGCGCAGGGACCCCAGGUCAAAAGGACAUGUUCCAUUCCUGGCUCUUAUUUUUGGUGAUAGUGAGGUCCUCUCUGUCUGCCUCUGGGAUGAUUCAUUUUAAGCAGGGCUUCAGACCGGUUCUAACAAGUUCCAUGCUGAGAAUUUGCAUUUCUACCUGAGAGAUGCUGAAUCAGAAUCUACAUUUUAGCAAGAUCCCCAGGUGAUCCCCUGGGAACUUGUUAGGAAUGCAGAUUCUUAGUAGAGGUUCAAACCAGAUUGAACCUGGUUCGAAGCCCUGAUUUUAAGCCUAGCAGGAUGACAAAACUAACCAAUCCCCUUAUUAGGGUGACAUACACCUUGUUUGCAUGGUCCCACCACCACUUUAUUUGCAUUAUUAGUAAGCUAUCAAUUCCCUUUGCGGGGGGCCACAAGCACCUCAUUUGCAUAGCCUCACCCAGUCAUUUGGUGGGUGUUAUAAGACCAUGGCUAGAAAGGCCAUAUAAAAGCAAUCCAUUGCACCACAGGCCACUCUCUGGCUUUUCUGGCCAUGGUUCCUUCAUACUUGGAGGAUAAUUUCCUUGUCCCAAUCAUUUUAUCCGUCCAAAACAGUUGUUAACAAUUUGUCCUUCAGUAGGGCAAAGAGGCCUCAAGGUAAGGUUACUGAGAUACCAGCCCUUCAGGUCUGCUGCAGGUGUCCAUCUGAUCUGGUCGGGUUCUCCAGAAGUUGUCUCCACUUCAUCCUCUCUGAUGUUUGAUAAAAUUUACCUGAGAGGAGAUUAUUCCCUUUCUCGGAGCCUCACAAGGUAUCAGCAUAGCAAAACCUUUAAGGAACUUUAGGUCCAGACCCUGUACCCUAGACCAGUAGUGCAUCUCCCUUAGUCCACUCUUUCACCCUUAUUUUUUCUACAAUUACAGUUUUUACAAUCACAGGUAACCCUAUUAACAGUCAACACUCACAACCGAGUCGUAUAAUGCAAUCAGUAUCUUUACCCAUCUCUUCCCCAGGCCCGUCAGGAAAAGAGGAAUCUAUUCAAUGGGGAUCCUUGCUUGUUCCCCUUAAGUAUGAGCACACCUAGAAAAGUGUGUAAGCCAGCCACUUCAUGUCUUUAUCUCACCCUGUUUGAUACGGUCAGUUUCUAAAUUGUCUGUCCCUAUCAAACCAGUACCCAGAGGGGACAAGCGUGUUCCUUGAUCUGAAGAAUCUUCAUCUGCAUCCAUAAGCGAAGUACAGUCCAGAGCAAGCCAUCAACUUGCUGCAGUCUGUACACGAGCUCACAGUGUCAAACAUCUCUCCUCAUUUGGUUGGGUUUUGGUAAGCUCAUCCCUAGCCCCUGUGGGCUAGGUCAGUGGGUGCCAAUGGAACACGUCCAGACUUUGCCCAUGUCUUUUUUUUCCCCAGCCCAUCUCUUCAUUGCUGCACCUCCCCCACUUCCACUCAUCUUUUGGCCCCAGGUGGUCACUUCAAGUGAGCAUACCAGGCUGUAAAAAUGGCAUGGAGGCGGUGUCUGACCUAACUUCACAAUGGGGAAGAAGAAUCAAGAUCAGCAGCCCAAGGCUGAUUCCUACAAGAAUGCCUCCUGUGUUGUUCUUGCUGCCCGGCAUGCCAGUGUUUCCUCCACGAAUUUGAAAGACGUACUGGCUGACCUGAUACCUAAGGAGCAGGCCAGAGUUAAGACCUUCAGGCAGCAACAUGGAAAGACAGUAGUGGGCCAAAUCACUGUGGACAUGAUGUAUGGUGGCAUGAGAGGCAUGAAGGGAUUAAUAUAUGAAACAUCAGUUCUUGAUCCUGAUGAGGGCAUCCGUUUCCGAGGCUAUAGUAUCCCUGAAUGCCAGAAACUGCUACCCAAGGCUAAGGGUGGGGAAGAACCCCUCCCGGAGGGGUUAUUUUGGCUGCUGGCAACUGGACAGAUCCCAACAGAAGAACAGGUAUCUUGGCUCUCGAAAGAGUGGGCAAAGAGGGCGGCUCUGCCUUCCCAUGUGGUCACCAUGUUGGACAACUUUCCCAACAAUCUACACCCCAUGUCUCAGCUCAGUGCAGCCAUUACGGCCCUCAACAGCGAAAGUAACUUUGCCCGAGCAUAUGCAGAGGGCAUCACCCGAACCAAGUACUGGGAGUUGAUUUACGAAGACUCUAUGGAUCUGAUUGCAAAGCUACCUUGUGUUGCAGCAAAGAUCUACCGGAACCUCUACCGGGAGGGCAGCAGUAUUGGGGCUAUUGACCCUAAGCUGGACUGGUCCCACAAUUUCAGCAACAUGUUAGGCUAUACUGAUGCUCAGUUCACUGAGCUCAUGCGCUUAUACCUCACCAUCCACAGUGACCAUGAGGGUGGCAAUGUAAGUGCCCAUACCAGCCAUUUGGUGGGCAGUGCCCUUUCAGACCCCUAUCUGUCCUUUGCAGCUGCCAUGAAUGGGCUGGCGGGCCCCCUACAUGGACUGGCAAAUCAGGAAGUACUUGUCUGGCUUACACAACUACAGAAGGAAAUUGGCAAAGAUGUGUCAGAUGAGAAGUUACGAGACUACAUCUGGAACACACUAAACUCAGGACGGGUUGUCCCAGGCUAUGGCCAUGCAGUACUAAGAAAGACUGAUCCACGAUAUACCUGUCAGCGAGAGUUUGCUUUGAAACACCUGCCUAAUGAUCCCAUGUUUAAGUUGGUUGCUCAGCUGUAUAAGAUUGUGCCCAGUGUCCUCUUAGAGCAGGGCAAGGCCAAGAAUCCCUGGCCUAAUGUAGAUGCCCACAGCGGGGUGCUGCUACAGUACUAUGGCAUGACGGAGAUGAAUUACUACACGGUGCUGUUUGGGGUGUCACGGGCACUGGGAGUGCUGGCACAGCUCAUCUGGAGCCGAGCGCUAGGCUUCCCUCUAGAGAGGCCCAAGUCCAUGAGCACGGAUGGUCUGAUAAAGUUUGUGGACUCUAAGUCAGGGUAAAAGUGGAGCCUGGGGGGAAACUGACUAUCAGAAAGUGAGAAAACUUUAAAAAGUAUACUUUUAUUUGAGGGGGCCUUUAAAAAUUUAAGAUUAAAUUGUAUCUGAGGCACUGAUAAUAAGUUUAAAGUUAAAAUAUAAAUUAAGACCUUAAAAGUGACCCCUUCUCCCUAACCAGAUCCCUUACCUUGCCCAGUAUGAGUUACCCAUCAGGUAUAGGAUGACCAGGACUAAUGCAUGUGAUAUGGUUCAGGUUUGGCUUCCUGCCAUCUCUAGAGUGGGAAUCUGGCCCCUCUCCCCCAGAUCAGAGCUAGUUACAAAGACUGCAGUCACUUUGGAGCUUUUGGUUCGACUCUGCCCAGCCCUCAGUAUGCUGACAAACCAGGACUCUGCCCUGUUUCCAUAGGAAUCAUGUUGGAUUGUCAGCUGUACUAAAGCCCAUUGCCCUCUCCCAUGCCCACAAACACCACCAGCAAGAUCUGUUUGUUAGCUGGAUAUACUUUGGCAGCUUUUUAUGCUACCAGAUGAGCAUAGAGGCCACCAACAUUUGUUGUGAUUGACACCCAAUGUUUGAUUUUAUUUCCCUUUUUUAAACGGUCCCAUCAAAGUUAAGGUCUGGGGGUGUUCUCUUUCCCACUACUUUAGUAUUCGCCUCCGUUCAGACUCUCUGUACCUGCUAUGCCUCAGGCUAAAAAUGGUCUGGACCUUCCCCUCUUGGUCCCUACUAGAAACGCCUUUCACAGCAGGUUGUACAUAUCACUGUCUGAUGUGUGGUCUUUCCCAGUCAUUUGACUUUAUCAGUGCUUACUGUGAUCUUAGUUUUUUACUUCCAUGGAACAGAAGUCACUACCCUCUGGCCUUUUUUUUUCUUUUUUAAUCUACCAUGGGGCAGAGAACAGGGACUUGGGAACGAUCAGCAUGAUACCUUCAUGAUCUGGCCACUGGGGUACCAUCACCUCUUUGUGAGCAGGAAAAUUAUUCAAGAUUGGACAUGGUCCCCUUUGAAUAUCAGGUCCUGAGUCUGAGGGAAUUAAAAAUAGUAAGCCUUCCUCCUCAUCCCCUGUCACAAGAAAAUAUCCUCUUAUUUAUCAAGGUCCUUUUCUUGACUCUUCCCCAAGAGCUCCAAGUACAGUAUUUGUUUUAGAAGCCCCGUUUAUACAGGUUUUCAGUGACUCAGAAUGCUCUACCGCCGUUUCUUUGAGAAAGGACUGAAAUACACUCCUGCUGUCCCCCCUUUCUCCCUCCCAACUCCUGCCUGUGUUUGUGUGGAUCCCCAAUUCCCAGAAACACACUGUUGAGAUGGAUACACUGUCUGUAAACCUCUGGGUAACUGUUAAGUCUUGUUGCAGACUUCAGGUUGUUCUGUAUAAAAUGCAAAAUAAAUGUUUUUAUUAACAA